AUGGCGCAGUCCAACCUCCUCAUCUUCGGUGCUACCGGCAAUAUCGGCCUCUACAUCACCAGGGCCAUCGUGCAAGCCAAGCAAUCUUUUGGCCAAAUCUCCAUCUUCACCAGCGCGGCAACCCUCGAUAGCAAGCGGGAGAUAAUCGACGAAUUGAAACAACAAGGCGUGCAGAUCAUUGCCGGCGAUAUCAGCAACCCCGAGGAUGUGCGCAAAGCGUACACUGAUAUCGACACCAUCAUCUCUGCCCUCGGCCGUGGUGCCAUCGCGGCGCAAAUCCCCCUCAUCCAAAUUGCCAAUGAGACGCCGCAUAUCAAGUGCUUCCUGCCCUCUGAAUACGGCACUGACAUUGAGUAUGGCCUCGCAUCGAAAGAUGAGAAGCCGCACCAGCAGAAACUCAAAGUACGCGCGGCGUUGAAGACGGUCCGCGACUCGUUGGGGUAUGCGUAUGUGGUGACCGGCCCUUACGCUGAUUUCCCGUUUUAUCUCGGUCCAACGAAGAAUGCGCCGCGGGCUGGGUCGUUUGAUAUUGUUGCGAAGAAGGCGGUAUUGCUGGGGGAUGGCAAGGGGAAGAUUAGUUUGAGUGGGUGUGCUGAUGUCGGCAAGUUUGUGGUUCAUACCCUCACGCACUGGGAUGCCGCGCGGAACCGUGCGUUGAAGCUGAAUUCGUUCACGACUACGCCGGAAGACAUCUUGGCGGAGUAUGAGAGACAGACGGGCAGUUCCUGGACGGUGGAAUAUACGCCCCUGGAGGAGCUGCGGCAAUUGGAGAAGCAGGCUUGGGAGAAAGAAGAUCCCUCCGCGACAAUUUAUACGCUGCGCAGGAUCUGGACCGAGGGUGGCACGUUGUACGAACGUCGCGACAAUUGCGACAUUGGCGCCGAGGAGACGAUCACGUUGCAGGAGUUGGUGCGAGAUUCGAUUCAGCAACAGACAGGGGUUGUGUAG